AUGGCGACUCCGGCGACUCCGGCUUUGCCAUCCCACCCCGGCCCAGAUCAUCUCGUUACCAUCAAAGUCCUUUAUAAUGACAGUAACCGUCGCUUCAAGUUGCCGUUGAAAGAUCUGCGAGCUCAGAUCCUCCCUCAGAAGCUCCGCACGCUUCUCGGCGUUCCCGCGGAUGUUAACGUCAUCCUCGAACGCUAUUCCGACAGCGCCGGCUCCUACAUUCGUCUCGACUGCGACAAUAUUGCUGUCUACAAACAAUUAUAUCGUGCUGCCAAGGCCAAGUCGAAGCUACGAAUUAAAGCCAACCCCCCUAGACAUAACUACCUCGAGACGGUUCUCAGCUCCCCCAUUCCCGUGGCAUGCACUGAAGCUCUACCCACCACUUCUGAAUCGAACCCUGUUUCUGCGUUCGAGCCCAGUCAGCCUCAGGCUGGCCUAGUAGACGCUAACAACGAGCCUCGCUACCGCGACUUCGAUAUGGAGCAGGAUAACCUCCGCUUUCCCGUCAUCUCGCACAGAUCGUUCAACGGGAUGUUCUGCAUUGACUGCAACAACUGUGGCCGUUCAAUUGCCAAUGAUCACUAUCAUUGCAGUAUCUGUGAGUAUGGAGACUAUGACCUGUGCCCUCAGUGUGUCGACGAUGGUGCCUCGUGUCGUGGGGAGGGUCAUUGGUUGAUCAAGAGAAUGGUGGUCAACGGCGUUGUGAUCAAUAGCACAACCGAGACCAUUCCGCCCCGUCAGCACCUGCCUUCCCUGGAGCCCCAGGCAUCCGUGCCUCAGCAUGCUGCCCGUCCUGCGGCACAGGAACUCAAGCCGACACUUGCAGUUUGCCCUGCCUUCUCCGAUCUUUCACCUCCUACCCCUGAGUGUGCCCUGGAGAUGGCUGCCUCAGCCGUCCCAGACGCUGAAGAUCGCUCCGAGUCUGGUAUCCACGACUUGAGCAAGCCUAUGUGCAAUGGCUGCUGCCGUGAGGUCGACGAGUCGAACCUAGUGCGCUGCAAAGACUGCGAGGACUACGAUCUUUGCCUUCGCUGCCUCUUGCGAAAUAAGCAUGGGCACCACCCAGCACAUACAUUCAGCCUCGGCUCCGACCGUAACUUCAGCUUGAAGAACCUGAUCAUGUCUCGCUGCCUUCCGGGACGUCAGUUCAAGCACGCUGCCAUCUGCGAUGGUUGUGACAAGCGCAUUCUUGGUGCCCGUCACAAGUGCCAGAGCUGUCCCGACUGGGACUACUGCUCCAACUGUCUGGCCACUGCUUCUCAAGAUCACCCUGGUCACCGGUUCGUUCCUAUUUAUGAAGCUAUUGAGGAGCAAGUUCCAGAAUUUGAGAUCCACUACGGCAUCUUCUGUGAUGGUCCCUUGUGCAAGGACAAGCCUGCCCAGAGUUACAUCAAGCGGGUUCGCUACAAGUGUGCAGUCUGUGACGACGUUGAUUUCUGCGCCAACUGCGAGGCUCAUCCCCUCAAUGACCACAACCGUACUCACCCAUUGAUCAAGUUCAAGACCCCCGUUCGUAGUGUGACUGUCAACACCGUGAACGAGGACGAAGGUCGUGGGCCGUACACCCUGGGCGACCCAGCCCCCAUCCCUGUCUCCACUGCGAUCCCAGCUCCUCCCCUUGAACCUUUCGAGGAGAAGCAGCCUGUGGUGGAACCGGCCCCUGUCGAGGUAGAUGCCAGUAAACCGGAGAUGACCAAGUCAAUAGAGUCUAUUCACUGCCGCGAGUCUCUCAGCAGCAAUCUUUCCGAUUCUACCCUUUCCGUGAACCCCAUGGCCGAUUACAAGGCUUGUUUCACCCGCGACACAAUUGCCGAUGGCACUAAACUGCUUGAAAACACAAUUUUCCGCCAGACCUGGACCCUAUUCAAUCCAGGUCCUUGUGCAUGGCCUGUUGGCUGUAACGUGCAGUACGUCUGCGGAGAUAUCAUGUUCAAUGUUGAUGUCUUCGGCCCCUCUAGCGUCAAUGCCAUCCAGGAAGCAAUGGAGACCAAUAAGUUGACUGCGCCUGUGGAGCCUGGUCAAAGUGCUGACUUCAGCGUCACGCUCCGCGCUCCCAAUCGGAGGGGUAAUGCCAUCUCGUACUGGCGACUCAAACUACCCAAUGGCCUUGCCAUCGGCCAUCGACUCUGGUGCGAUAUUCAAGUCCAAAUUUUGCCCUUUUCUCUCUCUGUACCCUCUCAGACAAUUCAGCCGGUGGCGGAGGAUAUGGCCAAGGCUGAGUCUCCAGCCCCCAGUAACCCUGAGCGGGUCGGCAGUGGCAUGAUCUUUCCCAGGCUGCAGAAGGAGUCUCCCGAGUCUAGCACCUAUGAAACCGUCAAGGCGGUCUACCAAGCUCCUACCCUGUCGACGGCCUCGGAGGGAGAAGACGUUUUGGAAGACGUUGAGAGCCUCACUUUGGAUGAAGCUACCUCCACUGAUGCCGGGUUCCUGACUGACGAAGAAUAUGAUGUGCUCGACGCCAGUGACCAGGAGUUCUUAGAGGCGAAGCAAUCCCUGCAUUAG